AUGGACUCACAAGGUGUUCGACGACAAGAUUCCGGCCAAAUCGCAGACAGUGAUGCUAGUACCGUCAGUGUCAACUGGACUUCGGUUCCUCAAACUCGUUCACAAAGUCAAACAACGCAGUUUUCUCAAAUGGAAAUUGACCGACUUCCUAGGAACGACGACACCGCGAGCUUGAUCGGAGCUCGAAACCAGCGUGAAGGUCCUUGCCACGAAGCAGCAACUCAAGCAUCUCAACCUGCUAUUCAUGUGACAAAGAGCUCAAAGCCUCGGGUCUUCUACGUCCACCUCGCUGUUCUCGUUGUCUCAUGGAUAUUCUUCAUACUUGGGUGUUGUGUUAUCAACCCGGAAACCAAUUGGCCAUGGAGCUUAGGCUUUGAGAACCAGCUCAUCAUUGUAGGCUUGCUUUUGGCCUUGAUGAAAACCUGCCUCGACGAGAUUGCUGGUUCAACCUUAAUUACUUGGCAAACACGUCAUGCUACAUCCAAGCCAAGGUACGACGCCGUACUAAGCAGAAGCCCCUUCAGGCCCAAGGACAGCGGCUGGUAUUACAUUCCAUUGAUCUUUCUCCGGGGUCUUCCUCUUGGUCUUGGAGUUGCGUAUAAAAGCUCAAUAGGUGGCGAGGCUUCGCAUAGCAUCGACCUAGACAUCAACAUGACACAAACUUCCGGGAGGCAGUAUGGGCUGGCCCCCCUGACAAAAGAUUCACUUUUCGUGAGCGCUGGUAAUGCCCCAUGCCUUCUCUCGAACGCCACAUUUGACUUCUUCACGGUCUCAGCUAGGGAUAAUACCUUCAAUAAUAUAGGUGGUUUCCCGAGACCUUUCGGCCACAGAAUCUUACUACUCGGCAAUAGCUCAGCGGCUACACUCGACCUACCAACUUACCCAUACAUCAGCGCCAUCCAAAAGAAGCUCAAAGAUAAAGAUACUAUAAUCAUAAGUGCAACAGUCCAGGGCUUCGUAACUCAACUAAAUAAAACAAUCAAACGCCUACGUAAAGACAACGCAUUCUAG